CAAUUUAUUACGCAAUGAUGCAGCAAUAAUGAACUGAUCCCACCAGCCCUUAAUGUGCUCUCUCCGUUCUUGGGUGGCUACAUGAUCAAGGGUCGGCCAAUUGCAAUCAUGGUAUUCAAGGUCUACAGCACUAUUGUUCUGGGACAGGCUCAAACCUAUGCCAGUGAUAUGAAGGUUAGCCAAGCAACUCGGACUGACAGCAUACGGUGCAGACCAUGAUCUUUAACUCCCUGUUUACAUCUUAGCUGGGACAUUAUAUGAAAAUCCCACCCAGGACGAUCUUCUUCUGUCAAGUGGUGGCAACGAUCUGGGCGUCUCUGGUGCAGAUUGCCGUCAUGAACUGGACGAUGGGCACCGUCAAGGAUAUCUGCACGCCCAACCAACCGUCCCAUUUCACAUGUCCUAACGGGAAGACCUUUUUCUCCAACAGCAUCACCUGGGGUGUAAUCGGUCCCGAACGCAUGCUUGGACCGAAGUCGAUCUAUCAUAACUUCCAGUGGUUCUGGCUCAUCGGCGCCGGCCUGCCAGUUCUCUUCUACCUCCUGGGCCGGAUGUUCCCCAAGUCGCGUGUCCGGCAUCUCAACGCUCCGGUCAUGCUCGGUGCCAUGGGCUGGUUACCACCGGCCACGCCACUUAAUUUCUUCGUGUGGACGUUCGUCGGCCUCCUGUUCAACCACUACAUCCGUAAGAGAUGGACCGGCUGGUGGCGGCAUUACAACUAUCUCCUCUCUGCAGCGCUUGAUUCGGGGUUGAUCAUCAGCACGAUUAUUGUCUUCCUGGCCAUCUCGUUGCCGGAUGCCACGAUCCCGCAGUGGUGGGGGAAUGUGAAGGUUUUUGAGACGUUGGAUGCUACGACAAUGGCAUUUCGGAAGACUGCCGAGGAGGGAGAGACGUUUGGGCCGAAGACGUGGCACUGAGUUUACUUUCUCGGUUAAAGCAAAUUGAUCAAUAGAAGCAUUCUUCAGGACUAAGGGACACCCCUGUGAUUCCUUGCCUGACUAUUCUUUCGAUUACUCUCGAUGGACCUCCCGCCAUACAGCGCAGGGUAGUAUCUACGAUCUGCAUAUAAAUAGGUAAGUAAUGUAACCCAAGAUGACGAACAGCAUGGGAAACCAAAGAAUUGCACACCGGACUGGCUGCGCAUCUGCAAGCGCUGCAUCUGCUUUGACUCUUCAGGCUAAACGUCUAGUAUGCCAAGUCUAUGGAAUCCCUCAGGCUAUUAUUGUGACAGAGUACUCCGUAUAUCAUCACAUAGAUCAUAGAUCAUAGUAGAUAACAUUGUGGCUGGCUGCGGGUGGCUGUACAUAGCUGGACAGAUCGAUAAUGUGGCUGUGCAGGUCUACAUAACCCCUCUUAUUCCCUUUUCUAGAUCUCUAUUGAUCUAUUGACGCCCAGACAGGAUAAAGUGUCAACAUUCAGUCCUUGUGACAAAUCGAUUUCUCUCCGGUGGGAAUGUAUGACGAUUCCC